AGCCAAACCGGAUCGCCGCGGUUGUGUUGCUAGUCGCCGUUCGCCAGGCGUUCAGUUGGUUUCGGUACCGAGUCGCGCCAAGCUGCAGACGAGAUCCCGGAAAAGGGUGUAUCUAGUAUUACCCUACGAUGGGAACGACCAUAUUCAUUUCGUCAAUAGACAAGUUUUGCGGAAGAAGCACCCGGUCCAUUUAACCCUCGGUGAUAAUCGUUCGUCGAAUCGCAUCUGACGCUAAAUAGAUAUCAAGUACAGUUUUCAACAUGCAAUCGCGUAGUAUGACUGUCGCUCCUUUGCACAGCAACAAAUAACACCUAUAAUUGUAUACUUGGAAUAUUGCGUACCCGUUGUUAUAGAAAAAAAAUAAAUAAAUAAAUAAAAAAAAAUAAAAAAAUCGUUGCCGUUCGAUUUAUUUUUCAACAAGAUGAUGAUGAUUUAUCACGACGCUGCGUAAUCAAGACUAAUCAACAAUUAUCAAAGGCGAUAAAAUCUCUUUAACUUAUCGUAUUCCGUUUUAACUCACCGGGUUUUCUGCUUUUUACGUAGUGCUUUGAAUUAAACGAUUAAAACGCCGCUUGCGCUAAAUCUGCCGACUGUAUCCUGUCGUCCUACAGAAGACAACCACCGUGAAGUUUGGAAAAUAGUCAAGAUGAAGCAAUGAAUACGCGAUAAGGAACGUCAGAGAAGAAACACACAGGAAGGAUAUCCAGAAUAGGAGAGGACAGUAAAAGAAGCUGUGGAACAACCAAGGAACUCUUCGUAAUAUGGGAAAAGGUGACAAGAGAAGCGCAGCUCCGCGUUCGGACGCCAGCACGAACUUGGUCGGGAAAUUUACACAGAGCGUCAGAAGGAUCGUCCAGGAUGUCAAGGACGAGGGCACGUCCAGCGGUCAGAGCAAGGAGGAAGUCAUUGAAACGAACGAGAGGCUGCGUACCGUGAGAAUACGACUCGACGGAAGUUACGACACCGCGAAAAGGGCCCUGGUGGGACUCAUGUGCAAAUACACCGACAGCAAACAAGUCCGGAACAUCUUCCAGCGCUACAAGCUCCUCAAGUCCAUGGUCAAGGAUGUAAUUAGGCUCGAGACGCAGUACUGGACUCUGGUGGAUAUUCCUAGGCAGGAGAAACAGGAAACCGUACCAGCUUUCGUUCUCCGUGCCUGCGCGAUUAUGGAGAAAACCCACAAGAGUGGCGAAGGAGUUAAGACGUCGGCGAGACUUGCCGAGGAGGCGGAAAGCAAGAGAGAGCGGAUUGAGCGACUUGAAAAUAUGACUACGGCCCAGAUAGAAGCCGAAAAUACUCAGAUGACCAACGACCUUUAUAGAUUGCUGAAGAAAUAUAGUGGAUUGAGGAACCUUAUACGAGUUCUCAAGACCGAAUACAACGACUCGAAGAUGUACCCGAUGUUUCCUAGGUACACGAUCCUCAAGGACCUGAUCAAAGCCAUAAUGCACGAUCCAGACUACAUGGAAGUUUGCCACGAGGUGGAUCAAGCAUAGCGUCCUGACCCCCUCCACCGUUCUCCACGCAUGACUCUGUAAUUUUCAGAGUUAAAUUAAAAUGCUCGUGGCGAUGGUGAAGGGGGUGACAAUGCCGUACAAACGAUAUUAAGUAUGCGUACUAGGCUCAACGUCGAUGAACGUACCGUUUGACCGACGUAUACGAUACAGCUACCGCUGUACCGGUCUUUUUCCAACAAGUAAAGACGAAUCGAGACAUAAAGAGAAAAAGGAACAGAAACGUAAUCAUUUAUAUAUCUUCGAAAGAUAUCGAUGAUCGACGCUGUUAGGUAGACGAUGAUCGAUCUUCUUAAUAUUACAUGUAUACAUACAGUGUACGUGUUGUCGAUGUCCAAGCCAAUAAAAUUCUUAGAGAUUGUACACUUGACCGACAGCUUUGACGAUUAGUGCGACGAUCGUCGAACAGACGAUAAAUCGUUUCUUAGAUAUCGAUCUAACAUUUUUACAUGCAUGCGGUUAGAGGAAAGUGGUUGAAAGAAAUUCUGAAAUUUUUCUUUCAUUGCCAUAUUGGAUUUUGACAUCUCUUUGAUAUUAGAACUAUUUUGGCAUGAUUAUUACCAAAUUCGUCCACUUUCUUUACCGUUCAUUCUUGUCAUCAAUACUUCUUCAAUUUUAUUAUUUUUUCCGACUGGUCAAGGAACUGAAAUUUUUUUUUUUCACGCAAUCGAACUGAAGUAGCAGAAAAAAAUCGGAGAAACGAUGCUGCGAUAACGUCAGAAAUUUAACGUUUGAAAAUUUUUAUAGAGAUAAAAGAAAAGAGAUAUUUUUCACCCCGUUCUAGACAGAAUGCGUGUAAAUAAAUCUACCGAUAUGGACGUUCGACUAUACAUAGACAGUGAAUAUGAAAAGGGAGAAAGAUGAGUGAUGCUGCAGUUUAUCUGCGAGAUAUUUAACGAGAUAUUAAUGAAUGAUUAUUGUAUGCUCGCUCAUAUUUUUUAUGCGAAACGAAGUUUGGAUCGAUCCAUCAAAGAUCAAAAUGAGAUAGCCGUUUGCACAUUGAAACACAAAGAAAAUAAUAGCAUUAAAAAUAAGAAUAAAUCGGUACAUAUAAGUAACUAUGAUAAAGAAAUAAAUAUUUUGUAGCACGUAAGUCAUAAACAGAUAUUUGUAAUUGAUUGAAGUAAGAUUCGUAACUUGUUUGUUCAAAUUUUUGGCGAACGAAAAAUUGUGAAAAAUAUAUGCGAAUGAAAAGUUUUCUAUAAUUAACUGAUACGUUGAAAUAUACGCGUAAAUAUUUAUAGGCAUACGGACAUAUAACGAAAAAAAAGGUUAAUUCUGAAAUACAGUAUACAUGUGUUAUACGUUAUAACUAUUAUCACGAGUUCACCGUUAGAAAUAUUUCAACAUAUUUGUACUAAAAAGAAACACAAGAAUUAUUCUUCAUGCUUUCCUUGAACAGUGGGAAUUUAUUGCUGAAUUUUUUAUUUGGCAAAUAACAUUGUACAACUGUCCCACUCGGGGGAAAAAUUUAAUUUCCUUUCGAGAUAAAUGUCACGGAAUGAAUAUUGCGCCGGCUUUAAUAAUUUCAAAGCUCGUAAAGUCAGGGAUCGCCAUGAUAAAGUUAACAUCAGUUUCGUAAACAUUCUUGGUACGUAUGCGUGUGAACGAAUUCAAAAAGAAAGUUCGUGAAAUUUAUACAUAAUUCACGCGUAUAAUACAUCUAGACGAUUACCAUCCGCGUAUAAAUAUUUCAUAUGAAACAUAUCUAGGUGAAUAUUAAUAACUACGCGAAUAUCAUGCUGUUCGAUUUUGUAAAGCUAUAUGAUAAAUUCUUAUCGAGUAAUUGAGGUGCGUAGGGUUGUAAUCCUCGUAACAUUGUGCCACGUUUGAAAUACUACAUAAUUAGUGGGUGAAAAAUGGAACAAAAAAAAAAUAAAAAAUAAAAAAAAAGCCAUAAAAAAUGGAAAAACAAACCAAACGGAAAGAUAUCCAGUGAUCGUUGUAACAAUAUGUUUAACUUUGAAUUCAAUGUUGUAGUUCCUUAUAUAUUACACGAUUAUAAAUGAAUGCGUAUAGGUAUACAUAUACUAUGGCCCGAUACGUACACAUAUAUAGUGUACUUAUACAUGUGCUUAAUAGCGAAUGAAAGUUUUUCUUCUGAGCUUGAAUUAUGACCGAAUCGAGUUCGGGAAGGCAGAAAAAACGGUGGGAGAAUAUAGUAAGUGAACAUAACCCAGCGAAUCGGUUGGCUCAAAAUCAAACAAAUUUUCGACUCUAUUAAACGGUAUAUAUAAAUACGACUAGAUCGAAAAGCGAAACGUGAUGUGUUUUGGUGUAACAAUAUCGUGUCGUAGAUAUUGUUCACGUGAAAUCUGUGAGGAUAUUAUGAGUAUAUAUAACCUAUAUAUAUAUUAUAUAGAUAAUAUAAUACAUAAAUAUAAAUGGCUGACAGCCCGAAAUCAAAAUACAAAAUAUUAUAUCGCUAGCGAGAUAUUGAGAAAUUUGUUAAUUCGGUUUUCACAAGAAAAAAAAAAAAAAAAUGGACAAUUUUCACUUUUUUCAAUGUCUAGUGAUAUACGUUUAUA